UAGGGGAAAAGACUGAAUAAAAGGAAACCGUGCCAGAGAGCCUGUAAUGACCACAAAACCCGACGGAGGAGCCUAGACUCGCCAUUGGAUAUUUCGCCCGCUUUCUCGUUCUUCCCAUGCGUUCCUCGCGGUGGAUUAUUGUGUUUGGCACCGGGGCGGACGGAAUGGAUAAGGCCAUGGCCCUAACAUAUUGAAUAGCUCGUUGGUGGUAGGGGGGGAGGCGAGACGCGCACCGUGGAGACAAUUCAUGGGGCAUUGUGCGGGGAGGAAAAUGGUGGAUUAUUUGCACUGUAUCAUAAAAACCUUCCCCCGUCUGGAUAUCCGGCCAUAAGACACUGCUUGGUGGCAUUUCUGCGCCUGUCUCGGCCGCGUCUACAGUAACUGAGGUCCUGUUAUAGCGGCUGGUAGGUAGGUAACUACCCCCCUCAAGCUCGAUCCCAACGACCUUAUCCAUUUCUAUUUUCUAUCGGCUAUACAUGCGGGAUUCUUGUGUCUCCGCGACGCGCUCACCCUCCCCUGCCCGAGAGUAACAUUUGGAAACAAUAAACUGUUGGAUUACUGAACUAUGGAUUUCAACAGCGGCGGCGGCGGCGGCGGGGGCAACGAGCUGCACAACAACCAGUUUUAUCAGUGCGAGGAGAACAAGCCUCUGCUGGGGGAGAUGUCGGAGGGGAACAACAACACCAAGCUCGGCGCGGGGCCGUGCAAGAGGUCCCUGCACCACUGCAGCAGCAGCGGGAUGCGAUACAAGCUGCUCCACGAGGGGGACAUCCAGGUGUGCGUGGUCAAACACCCCCGCACCUUUCUCAGCAAGAUCCUCACCUCCAAGUUCUUGCGGAGAUGGGAGCCACACCACCUCACGCUCACGGACAGCAGCCUGACCUCGGCUACACCCACCGGUUACAUGGAGACGUCAUUGUCCUACAGCUCCAUAGAGGACCUGCAGCUCCUCUCAUGGGACAAUGCUCCGAAGUACUGUGUCCAGCUCAGCUUCCCUGGUGGCACUGUCCUGCUGCAGGCUGCAAACAGUUACUUGAGGGACCAGUGGUUUCACUCCCUGCAGUGGAAGAAAAAGAUCUACAAGUACCGCAAAGUCCUGAACAACCCGAGCCGCUGGGAUGUGGUGCUGAAGGAGAUCAGAGCGCUGGUGGACAUGGCUCUGACCUCGCCGCUGCAGGACGAGUCCAUCCACCAGGCUCCACUGCACAUCAUCUCCACCCUGCUGGCCGAGAACUCUAAUCUCAGCACUCAGGAUCACGAAAACAUCAUUGUGGCCAUUGCUCCUCUUCUGGAAAACAACCACCCACCACCUGACCUGUGUGAGUUCUUCUGUAAGCACUGUCGGGAGCGGCCGCGGUCGAUGGUCGUGAUUGAAGUGUUCACUCCUGUGGUCCAGAGAAUCCUCAAACAUAACAUGGAUUUCGGAAAGUGCCCUCGACUGCGUCUCUUCACUCAGGAGUACAUCCUGGCUCUCAACGAGCUGAACGCUGGGAUGGAGGUCGUCAAGAAGUUUGUCCACAGCAUGCACGGGCCAACAGGGCAGUGCCCUCACCCACGGGUCCUGCCAAACCUGGUGGCAGUGUGUCUCGCCGCCAUUUAUUCCUGUUAUGAGGAGUUCAUCAACAGUCGGGACAACUCCCCCAGCCUGAAGGAGAUCAGGAACGGCUGCCAGCAGCAGAACGACCGCAAGCCCCCGAUGCCCCUCCGCCUACUGCGCCCCGAGCCUCCUACGCCACCUCCUGCCACUCUCCUCCCCCUCUCCGCCAACCCCAGCCCUCCUCAGCCACCUCCCCCGGCCCCCUCAAACUCCAACCCGUCCAUUCCCAUCUCCUCCCCAACCCCCUCCCUCCCCCUCUCCCCUCCUCCCUCUGUCGUCAACUCCAGCGAGAUUCUUGUGGAGCUGGAGCGAAACAACAACUCGGCCAACGCCAGGCGGAAGGGCGGGCCGUCGGGAGGCGACAGCGAACCAAACCUCAUCGACUGUCUGCUGGUCAGCCCGGCCGUCAACACCCUGUCCAUCCAGCUGCCAGCGCAGGCCGACCGAGUGCUGGGCUGCUUCGCCCUCAUCCUCAAGAUGCUGUCGGACUAUGAUGACUGGAGACCUGCUCUGGCCAGCCUGCUGCAGCCCAUCCCUUUCCCGAAAGAGGCCCUCGCACAUGCCAAAUUCACAAAGGAACUGAAGUAUGUCAUUCAGAGGUUUGCGGAGGACCCGAGGCAGGAGGUCCAUUCAUGCCUACUCAGUGUGCGUUCAGGUAAAGAUGGCUGGUUUCAGCUCUACAGUCCAGGAGGUGUGGCCUGUGACGACGAUGGAGAGCUCUUUGCUAGUAUGGUUCAUAUCUUGAUGGGCUCCUGCUAUAAGACCAAGAAGUUCCUGCUCUCUCUGGCUGAAAACAAGCUGGGUCCCUGCAUGCUGCUGGCCCUACGUGGAAACCAGACCAUGGUGGAGAUCCUGUGUCUGAUGCUGGAGUACAACAUCAUUGAGAACAAAGACACCCAGCUGCAGAUCAUCUCCACCCUGGAGAGCACCCAGGUGGGCCUCCGUAUGUACGAGCAGCUCUGCGACCGACAGAGAGAGCUCAAAGAACUGCAAAGGAAAGGAGGCCCCACCCGGCUGACUCUGCCCUCAAAGUCCACGGAUGCGGACCUGGCCCGCCUGUUGAGUUCAGGUUCUUUUGGGAACUUAGAGAACCUGAGCCUGGCCUUCACCAACGUCACCAGUGCCUGUGCCGAGCAGCUCAUCAAGCUGCCUUCACUCAAACAGCUCAACCUCUGGUCCACACAGUUUGGGGAUGCAGGGUUGAGGUUGUUAUCUGAGCAUCUGGCCUGUCUUCAAGUUUUGAACCUGUGUGAGACUCCCGUCACUGACGCUGGUCUGCUGGCUCUCAGCUCCAUGAAAAGUCUGUGCAGUCUGAAUAUGAACAGCACCAAGCUCACAGCUGACACAUACGAGGACCUCAAGGCCAAACUGCCCAACCUGAAAGACGUUGAUGUUCGGUACACAGAGGCCUGGUGAUCAGCCACGCUCACACGCCCCUCAUACAUACCGGACACACUCAUAAACACAUGCACACACUGCACACAAGCUCAGAUCCACGACAUGAAAAUUGUGCGGGGAUGUCGUCCCCGCCUCCGCCGCCAUCAUUAGACCAGGAACUCUGACAUCGUCCCAGCGUGAGGAUCACCUGAUGACGCAUUUACGUCAGAGGAGCAGCCUUCCACAGCUUCAGACAUCUUCACCAACCCCUGUAGUGACGCCACCACCAGGAAGGAACUGUCUAGUCAGUGUCAGCAUCACUCUUUUUCUAAAUGAGCAAUCUUCAUGGACCUCGCCGCUCCCCUUUCUUCUGUCACCGACGUUUCAAGGACCUUGUUUUUACCGACAUGAUCAGAGGACAUGCAAGGACCUGCUAUAUUGUGACAUAAGGGAUCCUUUUCUCUCUCUGUCUUCACCCUUUGCCCUGUCUUUCAUAUACGGUCUCUCAGUUUUCAUAUUCAGUCUGAAUCCAGCUCUCCAGCCGUAGCCCUCCCACCUCUGUGUGUCCGUGGCAUGGAGAAAACCCAAAUCGGCCCUCCAAUCAGAGCCCUCCUCUCGCUUUUUCUCUCCCGCCCUCGUGCGAUGAAGGCUGGACACAGCAGCUCACAUUCCGGUCCGUCUCCGAUCCGAUACACAAUGUAGCUCUCCGGACGGAUGCGUUGAACUGUUCGUCACUUAGGUCCUCGCUCUCGCCACCUUUGGCUUCAGUUUUCAAGCUCCAAUCUGGGUCUUUUCAAGUAUUUCAUUGGGAAAAUGAGGUGCUACCUCAGAGCAAAGAAGAGUUGCAAGAGUGUGCCUAUUCCUCAUUCUCGACACGUUCACACACACACACAAAAAGAAAAAAAGAGGUUUUUAUCAACUUGAAUGAACAUAUUUUUCCAGACAUCUGUGCUUUCAUAUAUUGUGUGUUUCUAUAUAAAACAUAUAUAUGAAGAUAACCCCCCAGGGAUGACAUUUCAGAACCAUUUUGUCAGCUCUGCAGGAAAGUUAAGUGGCGAUGGCAACAUUUGUUCUUCUAUCAUUUGUUUUCAGUGUACAUACUGAUGAUCCCCCAUUACUAUUUAAUAGGGCAGUUGUGUAGCAGUAGCUGGGUGGUCUGGGACUGCCUGAUAUUUAUAAGCUGUGUCUUUCAAGCCUCCUUUACUCUGCCUCUCCUGGAAAUUUGUCCCGACAAAUGAAGUACACAGGCCUGUUGUCUUGUUUUUGCAACGUAUAACACAAGAAGCCAACCGAGAGGGCGCCCACACAUGCAUCCCUCUGCACCAUGCCGUGGUGGUAACAUAGACCUGUAAAGUGGACUGCAAUAAUUCUAAAGUGGACCUGUAAACGAGACUCAUCACCAGCUGAGAGUUGUAUAUUUUCAUAUCCUCUGCUAUUUCUGGGCUCUGCUUGAGACGGUUUUGAGAAGAAGAGCGGACACUUGCCAAACAUCCUCGUCAGAUCUUGUUUUUGCUUCGUGCACUUGUUUCAUCGGGCCAACAUGAGCGCCGUUUCGAGUGGAACCUGUCACGACACUGGAGAGACAGUGACACUGCUUGGGCCCCCCCCCCACCCUCGACUUGCUGGGGUCAGAGCGAAGAGUCGCAGUGCCUCUGGUGGAGCUGUGGAUGAGCGGUUAUCUUUUUAUCUGUCACGCCACCUGUUUUGAAUUGUUCUGCUGUAUUUAUAUUACGCCAUAAUACAUGGGUGAUAUUUUUAGGCUUUAUGGAUGAAUAAUUUUCAUCAAGGGAUGGGACAAAGUAAUUGUACAUAUUCUAUCACAACGGGCUAUAAAGGGACAAAACAUUGGAAAAAGGCACCUUUCAGCCAUAUUUGCCCAACUACAUUCCCUCAAAAUGUUGCCUUUUUAUUGUGGCAGCAUUUCAUAUGAUGUGGUAACUGCCCUGACAUACUGCAAGUCUGUCAGAAUCUCUUUUUCCUCUCUGCCUACAUGUGGUUUGGCUUGAUUUGGCUCGUGUCGGCGGCCGUAGACAACGCAAGUCAGAUUUCCAGCCUUUUUUCCAGUCAGCCUCGCCCUGACUGCAUCCAUCCAUUUUAUUUAUUCGUGUCGACCUCCAGAAUGCGCCGGGUGUUUGUUGAAUCAAGGCAGAAGCCGCAGCAGAGGACAGGAUGCCGUCCACUAUUAGAUAUUUUGUUUCCUAUUUAUUGGGUGCCAUGACAGUUUUCUCUUUGCCCUGUAGAUUCGGUUUGUGUACGGCCAUCUUUGGGUCUGCCUUUAGGACCUUGUGCUCUCUUUCAUAUCCUGUAUGAUGUAUAUACGCGUGUAUAUAGUCGUCUCCCCUCUUCCUCUCUUGGAACCAUUUUGAAAUCUUUUUUUCUUCUUCAUUCUUUUCUCUGUCUCUCUUGGCCUCCCUUCAUCGGCAGGCUGGUGUUGCCUUCAUCUACGUGUGUGGUUGUUUUGUUUUUUUUCACACAAAGUGCACUGUAGUCUGACAAGUUAUGUUUUCAUAAUAUCUUUCCAGUGUCUUUGAUUUGAUCACUUUAAUCAAACAUUUGUUUCCUGUGUUCUUGUUGUUUAGUUUUUUUGGGGGUUUUUUGCAUGUACAUGUUGCUACGUCACCUGGUAUUUUUAUUUUGUAAUUUUGUUUUAUAAAAGGUUUGAAACAUGAUAAAGGGUCUGAUCACUAUCUCACUGAGGUCAAGGACUGAAAUGGAGAGAUCCCAUUGAACUGUUUUCUGAUUGGUUGUUGCCAGGAUGUACCCAUGAGCCCUGACAGAUCCUAUUGGUCAAGGCAGGGUUUGAUAUUGAGUUUCAAAAAAGCCAAGACCAUGACUUGUAUUUUUGGACUGAAGCUGCCCCUACAUGUGAUCAUUUAAGUUUGAGCGUUCUCAUAUCAACUAAUGCUAAUAGUUCUUGUUGUUCUAAUCCUGCCAGAUAAUCAUAUCAGAGGUGGACCACGCUGACUGGCCAUUAUCAUGUUUAAAUAAAGUUGUUGGUCCCACACAUCAGCAAAGUGAUAAUUCAGUGUGGCUUCACUGUACUUUUGUUUUGUCUUGAAUGUUUUGUCUGAACGUUUUAAAGGAGACAUUUGACAUUUUGGAAAAUAGGUUUUCGGAUGAGAGUAGAAAGAGAAGGCUGAUGUCAGUGUCAUGUCAGUCCAUAUACCCUGAAGCUACAGUCAGCGUUUGCUUAGCUUAGCUUAGCAUAAAGAUUGGAAACUGGGGAAACAGCUAGCCUGACUCUGUCCAUGUUAUAUCACAUUUGUUGAAGAAAAAACAAAGUGGAAAAAGCCUCUGCUGGUUGCCUGGCAACUUCACAGUGAUGACAAGAUCGCAGAAAGUCACUGGGUGCAGCCAAGGGACAGUCCAGCGCGUUAACACC